AUGCAUCACAUCAGGCGUAGAGCAGGCGAGGCCAUAACACAUGUCCGACAGUUCAGUUCCAAAGUCAAGAAUGAACAACCCGAGGAGCCGUGGGUGAAAAGCCUUGAUGAGCAUGUAAAGUGGGAGGUUAAGGAGGAGAGUGAGGGAGGGAGGCUGUUCAGUGAAUCCACUGACCAGACAAUACGCUUAUAUCGGGAUGGGUCACUGUCCAAAUCCGCUUUACCCUCUUCGUCCAUCGCAUUUGCUGAAUCUGACGAACUCAAACUCAUAACAAAGGAGCUCGAAGGGACGUGGAAGAAGGCAAUCGAAGAUCUUAUCAAGAAGCGGGGGGAUGAUAGUAACAACCUCGCUGAACUCAUCAACGAUCCCACUCCAGAAAGACUUGAGGCGAUUGUGCGCACAGCACAAAAUGAAAUGGAGGCAAAGACGCAUACAAAAGGGGGUAGGGUGAAAGGAUGGUUCAGUAAAGUGGCCGGACGAAUUGACAACCAUAAGUACCUCCUUGAUAUGCUUCCUUCCGGCGAUAAGUACACCUCAGUCUUGAUCGGGGGCUUAACUGCCUGUUUUAAGGCUACACUGGAGCACGCAGCAAUUGCAGAGUUAAUCUCCGACUGCCUUGAAAAGCUCUCUGACAAGACCUACAAGCUAGUUAGAGCUAUCCGAAAGUCGAAUCGGAACGAGUACAUUAGAACCCAUAUUGUGAAGUUCUAUAAGACGUUAUUUGGGCUCUUGAUUUCGAUACUCGAGCACUGGUUUCUCUCACGAACUCAGCGCUGCAAGAAUAGUUUCGGGAGCAGUUUCCAGAAUCAGCUCCAAUGCUCGAUGAACGAUCUUGACUAUCAUGUGAAGGAACUGAGUGACGAGAAUACCACCAUAAUGAUAGAAGAAGCGCAUCAUAUGUUGGGUCGUUUGGCUCAGGCAUUUCUCGCUGGCGGGUAUAGUGAUUCAUGGCCGACUGUCACCAACGCCAGUAAUCAAUAUAGGAAGUCUGGUCAAAUUCCUGCCGCUUCACAUGCCAUUCUUGGUCUGCCUCAUAUUUCUGAAUCUAAUUCAGCAGCAAGCGUGGCAUCAGACAUACAGGAUGAACAAAACGACCAAUACUGGACCACUCAGACCAUCUUGGAAGGUACAGCGUGGAUGAAAGAAUAUGUCUGUUUCAAGAGAGAGGAGAGCCUGCUUGAGGAAAGCCGCUACGGAUCCACAAACCCCCAGGUAUACUCUCGUCUAGUGCAAUGGACUCAAUCGGUGUCAUCUCAGGUGCUAUGGCUUGAAGGCCCGGCAACAAUGGGUGACACGACCCCAAACACACUAAUCUCAGCGCGCAUCGUCGAAACAUUCGGAAGGCUUCACGUUCCUAUCGUUUCGUUUUUCUGUCACUACGACCCCGAACACUACAGGACAUUCUCCCGUCCAGAAGAGCUCUUGAAGAUGGUGUACUCUUUGACAUCUCAAAUGUUAGCUUUUAUCCCAAAAGACCUAUCCUCUGUCUGGGAUUCUGAAGAUUUGCCGGAUCUCUCGCCCGCUCGAAUUCGCCGCCUUACUACGGAUCCUAACUCGCUGCCCGACGCAAUUGGUUUCUUGAAGGAUAUAAUUCUCUUGGGACCACCGGUCUUAGCCUGCUGUGUUGACGGACUCCAACUCUUAGAUUGUCCGGAACAGUCCCGUUGGUACCAAGAUUGUUUGAAGUCCUUCAUUGAAGUUAUAGGAACGACGAAACCCCCUCAGCCGCGCAUAAUGAAGGUAUGGCUCUCCACUGACGGAUACAGCCAGGCCCUCCAGGCUGCCGUUAACGCCGGCUGGAUUGAAGCCGAUAUUACAAACAGCGAGGACGACACAGAGCCUCUCGAGAUAGAGCAAUGGAUGUAG